CAUAUCUAUCUAGGCAAGAGAAAGAAUAAAAAACCAGCCUUUCUUUUUUGAAAUAAAUCCGAUUUAAUGGUGUCUUCUAAAUUUUACAUCUUUAUUAAUUAGUGUUUUAAUAAAUUGACCUUAUUGUUUUAUUUUAUAAGUUUAGGAUCGUAAAGAUUCAGCAAAACCGCUGCAUACAUUGAAUUUAAACACCAAAGAUGAGAGAGUACAAGAUUGUUGUCCUCGGUAGCGGAGGUGUUGGCAAAAGUGCUUUAACUGUGCAGUUUGUGCAAGGAAUUUUUGUUGAAAGAUAUGAUCCCACCAUUGAGGACAGUUACCGGAAACAAGUAGAAGUUGAUGGUCAACAAUGUAUGCUUGAAAUAUUAGAUACUGCUGGUACAGAGCAAUUUACUGCAAUGAGAGAUCUAUACAUGAAAAACGGUCAAGGGUUUGUUCUGGUAUAUUCAAUAACAGCCCAAUCUACCUUUAAUGAUCUCGCUGAUUUAAAGGAACAAAUCCUCAGAGUUAAAGAUGCCGAGGAUGUGCCUAUGAUUCUGGUUGGUAACAAAUGUGAUUUGGAAGACGAAAGGGUUGUUGGUAAGGAUCAAGGGGCAAACUUAGCUCGGAGCUUCAACAACUGUGCUUUCCUCGAAUCUUCAGCAAAAGCAAAGAUAAACGUAAAUGAGAUAUUCUACGAUCUUGUGAGGCAAAUCAAUAGGAAGAAUCCGGAAAAGAAGCCCAAGCCAUCACGAAAAUUGAGAUGUGUUAUUGCAUAACUAUUAGAUAAAUAUUGCUCGUUUUCCCUCCCUUCUUCACCACCUCCUCUUCCUCUGUUCUUUGCUGCCUCUCUGUCAAUCUAUUUACCUCUCUCUUUGUCUCUCUAUCAUUUUCUCUCUGUCUCUUCUUAUCUCUCAUCCUCUUUCCCCUCUUAAUCCCUUGAACGCACGAUAAUAAAAAAAUUGCAUUUUACAUUUUAUUAAAAACAUGCAACAAAAUGUGUUUAUGUUAA